CUAAUUUAUUUUUGUAAGUGGAAUCGGGUCGAAAAGGGGUUCUUGCAGGGUUUAACACCUCUCUCUCUCUCUCUCUCUCUCUCUCUCUCUCUCUCUCUCUCUCUCUCUCGUGUUUAUAGAUGUAAUAAUUAUGUUUGAAUUCAUCGCCAUCUGUAAUGUCCACUCUCAGAGAUGUGGCUCUUAUAAACCCUAGCUAGAUGUUGAAGUUGUAGCGAAUUGUGUGAAUUCGAAUCGAAGAUGACGUCGAAACCGUUGAGUAAUGUUUGGAUUAGGCGGCAGCAGUGUCCGUGUGGAGAUUGGAAGUGUUAUAUUAAGAAUGAGGGUGAUGAUCAUGGUGAAAAUGGGGCUAAAUCGGAUAAGAAUGAGAAAGGGUUAGUGGUGCAAUCGCCCGAUGUUGUUUAUAUGCCGUAUGUGGGGCAGGUUUUUAUAACGGACGAUGAGGCGUUUGAGUAUUAUAGCGGUUUUGCUCGUAAGAACGGGUUUUCGAUAAGGAAAGCGCGGUCGACUGAGAGUCAGAAUUUGGGGGUGUAUAGGAGGGAUUAUGUGUGUUAUAGGUCGGGGUUUAAUCAGCCGAGGAAGAAGGCGAAUGUGGAACACCCGAGGGAUAGGAAGUCGGUGCGGUGUGGGUGUGAUGCGAAAUUGUACUUGACAAAGGAAGUUGUGGAUGGUGUGACGCAGUGGUAUGUGUCUCAGUUUAGUAAUAUUCAUAACCAUGAGUUGUUGGAGGAUGAUCAAGUUCGUUUACUUCCGGCUUAUAGGAAAAUACAGGAGGCUGAUCAGGAACGUAUUCUUUUGCUGUCGAAAGCUGGAUUUCCUGUUAAUAGGAUAGUGAAGGUGUUGGAGCUGGAAAAGGGUGUUCAACCAGGACAAUUACCCUUUAUUGAAAAAGAUGUUCGCAAUUUUGUUAGGACAUGUAAAAAAACAGUUGAAGAAAACGAUGUUCUACUUGCUGAGAAAAGAGAAAAUGAUAUGUUUGAAUUUAUAGAUGCUUGCAAGGCUACAUCACUGAAGGAUGAGGGAUUUGUGUAUAAUUUUUCGACAGAUGAAAAUGGAAAAGUUGAAAACAUUGCAUGGGCAUAUGGCCAGUCAAUUCGUGCAUUUUCGGUGUUUGGAGAUGUAGUUACUUUUGAUACUACAUAUCACUCCAUCACCUAUAAUUUGCUUUUAGGGGUCUGGUUUGGUAUUGAUAAUAACGGCAAACCUGUUAUUUUUGGGUGUGUUCUGUUACAAGAUGAAACCUCUCGGUCAUUUUCUUGGGCAAUAGAGGUAUUUGUGCAAUUUAUGCAAGGAAUUCGUCCACAGACCAUUGUUACUGAUAUAGACUUGGGGCUCAAAGAUGCUAUAUCUUCUGAGUUACCAAGUUCUAAACAUGUCAUGUGUGUGUGGCAUAUUAUGUGCAAGUUAUCUAGCUGGUUCUCUGUGCCCCUCUCAGUGCAAUAUGCAGAGUUCAAAUCAGAGUUUGAUAUGCUGUGUCAUCUCGAGAACAUAGAGGAUUUCGAACAGCAGUGGAAUAAUGUGGUUGCUCAUUAUGGACUUUGUUCUGAUAAACACAUUGCACUUCUAUUCUCUUAUCGAGCAUUCUGGUCAUAUCCCUACAUUAGAGGUCACUUUCUUGGUCGUAUGUUGACGGCUGAGUACUAUAAGCUAGUGGAUACAUUCUUGAAGAGUAUUUUGAGCAAGCAAUCAUGCUUGCAGAUAUUCUUUGAACAGAUUGGAAUUGCUGCCAACAUUGUAAAUCAAAAUAAAGGGAAGAUUUUGUGUAUGCCUACUAAGACAUGCUUGCCUAUCGAAGAACAUGCAAGAGGUCUUCUCACACCUUACUCCUUCAGUUUCUUGCAGCACGAAAUUGUGCUGUCCAUGCAGUAUGCGAUAACAGAAAUGGCUAAUGGUACAUAUCUUGUGAGACACUACAAGAAAUUGGAAGGAGAGUGUCUUCUAAUUUGUAAUUCAGAAGAUGAUCUUGUUAAUUGUUCCUGUAAGGAAUUUGAACACUCAGGCAGCCUAUGCAGGCACGUUCUUCGACUACUAAUAGUAAAGAAUUGCUUUCAGAUUCCUGAUAGAUAUUUUCCUAUCCGGUGGCGGCUUGAGAGUGCCUUAGUUCCUUUGGAUGAUCAAGUAACUCAAGGCAUCAGCAAUGAAAAUUCUCAAGCAUUUCAGUCUCUUACCGAAGCUCUAUUUUCAGAGUCAUUGAUUUCUAAGGAUCGGUUCUCUUAUGUUCAUAAAGAACUUACACAACUACUUGAUCAUGUCCGUGAUAUGCCUAUCCCUGAUGAAGUUCCCUUGAAUUUGGCCCCUAACAAUGCCGCUGACUAUUAGGUGUGACAUAUGUAAAUGGGGCCGAUGUGACUUUAUUUUGCAUUUCAUCUGGCUCCUGAUCUUACUGAACAAGUUUCUUUCAGCCAUCGCAAUAUUUGGGAAAUUUUAUGCACAGGAUUCAUGCAGCAAAGCAGUCUCUCUACGGUUUCUGACCGAGAAGUAAUGUUCGUUUAUUAAAUAUAUCUUUCCAUACCAGGAGCAGACAAGCCAGAGGUUUUGAUGAUUACAAGGAUCACCCCAUUACAGAGGAGGAAAACGUAGUUUCUCUCAGUGGAGAAGCUAAAGAGUUUGCUUGAAAAUGUGGAAAGAAAUAAAUGAAGUAGCAGCGACAGUGAAAUCAGGAAAGGGAACACCAAGAGUGAUAGUAGAAUCCGAAUGGCAUUCUUCGAGAAGAAGAUUUUGUUAACCAGACUCAAAACUGGAAUCUGGAGUUGAAAAUUCAUUUCUCCAACAAAGAAGAAAAGUGUUGGUAAAUAAAAGAGAAGACACUAAAAGGGAGCCAACCAACCAACCUCUAAAUGAGUAAUUAUAGCUGAUAUGGAGAUGGACUGGCUAACUUGUGCAGAAGGGCGACGUAGCCUUUUGGUAUCUUAUCUGAACCUCUAUGCACGUUUCGUAUUACGGCCUCUGUUCUGAGGGAGACGGCUAGAAUUUAAUGAAAGCAAUUUUAUCCUUGUUUUGUGAUUUUUUCCCCAACCAGAACACCGAAUUUGGCUAUUAAUGAGCAGCACUUCAUUAAAUUAUAGACAUCAUUCAUGAGUA